AUGCGCGACAAGGAGAGAAAUCGGAACGGUACUGGCGGAAAGGGCCACGGUGGUCGUAACAGGCACCGCGGCAAGUUUGAUCGGCAGAAAGAGAAACCCGCCAGGGGCCGUGAGAAGAAGGAAAAUGAGGAUGACAGCGAAGAAGAGGAUGAUGAAACCAGUGAACAGGAGUUUCAGAGAGCUACUGAGGCGAUGUGCAUUGAUAGGGGCGCAUCUUUCCACUCCUCUCACCGCCAACUCAAGCAGUGGGUGCGUGAGGUUAAUGUUGCAGAACCAAUGGCGAGCGCCCGGCAACCCCUCAAGUGUCCCCGCACGCCCAUCAUCUUUGACAUUGAGGAUCAUCCAGACCACACUACUGCGGUGGGAUGUUUGUCAUUGUUAGUUUCACCAACAAUCUGCAACCUCAAGGUCACCAAGAUGUUGGUUGACGGCGGGGAAGCUCUGGCCAAGUUCAUGGCUGCGUCUCAGUACGCCUACAACACUUUGAAGAUGCCUAGUCCCAUGGGGGUCAUUACCAUCCCGUCGGACAAGAGGGGUGCAGUCAUCUAUGUAGAUAAGAUGUAUAGAGACGCGGUAGCAACGGAGGCCGUCAGGGCCUCAACUCCCGCCAAGAAGGAGAAGAAAGUUAAAGGAACCAGCAAGGAUGCCGAUAAGGAACCCGGGAAGCGCGCCUCUUCGGAGUGCGCCAUGCCCGGCAGCGACUUGGAGGUAAUCGAGGACCACCUUGUUGUCCAUCCUCACGCCCGCCCCAUCAAGCAAAAAGUAAGGAAGAAGGCCUUGGAGUGGCAACAGUUCGUUCCUGAGGAAAUUAAGAAGCUAGAAGCAGCAGGUUUGGUCCGAGGAGUACUGCAUCCUACUUGGUUAGCUAAUCUAGUGGUGGUGCACAAGGCUAAUGAGAAGUGGAGACUUUGUAUUGACUUCACUGACUUGAACAAGGAUUUUCCAAAGGAUCCCUUCCCCUUGCCGUGCAUUGACCAGAUUGUCGAUUCCACCUCCGGAUUUGAUUUGCUCUCCUUUCUGGAUGCGUACUCUGGGUACUACCAGAUCUUCAUAGCCAAGGAAGACGAAGAAAAGACCGCCUUUAUUACCCCAUGUGGCACGUACUGCUUUCUGCGUAUGCCUUUCGGGCUAAAAAUCGCUGGUUCUACGUUCGCAAGGGCUGUGCAGAUUGGUUUUGAACCACGGCUUCACAGAAACAUUGAAGCUUAUAUGGAUGAUAUGGUGGUCAAAACCAAUGACAAAUCUUCACUCAUUGAGGAUUUAGAGGAGACCUUUGCAAAUUUGUGGAAGAUCAACUUGAAGCUCAACCCGGAGAAAUGUAUGUUUGGCGUCCCUUCUAGCAAGCUUCUUGUGUUCUUUGUACCUCAGCGAGGGAUAGAAGCCAACCCUGACAAGAUCAAGGCGAUAUAA